AUGGGGGACGAAAGUGACGCAAGCAGUGAAUUAGGAGAUAUGUCAAAUGAAGCUGAAAAUGUUCGCUUUGAAGAGAGUCUCGGAGAGCAGAUUCCCUACGUGGACGAUGAUAAAGACACAAGCAUCGAGUUAGGAGAUUUCUCACCUGAGAUUGCCCCCGAAGAGCACAAUGACAAUGUUGCUCGUGAAGAAAAUUCUCACGAAGAUCGCGCCGAACGUUCGCCGGAAAUGGAUGACCAAGACAUUGCAGAGAUGAGCAUAAUUGCCGAACAGAUAGAAAGCGCCGAGGAUUUUGAUUUAACAUUUGAGACUGUGGACACGUCGGAAUCACGAGAAGAAUCGCACGAAGAAACAAGACCGAAAAGCCGUCAGUCGAAGAAAAAAGUCAGCCCACUGUACAAAAGCGAUCUGGAAGGUGUAGAAAAGUUCUUGGAGGAAGGGAUGAACGAGUCAUUGUCAGCGGUGGAAGAGGCGAAGAUGAACAUAUCCCUGGCAGAUUCUCUUCUGAGCGAAUGGGGAACACCUAUGACAAAGCGAAAACGAUCAAUAUCCGAACAACAAAGUGCAUGGGAUAAAUCGGACAGCGCCUUGCUUACGAGUACUCCCGCGAAUCCACAAAAACCACUGAGGAAGUUCCACUUUGGAAGUGCGAAAUCCACAAUGUCUUCCAAGAAACGCUCCUCCACUUCAUCAGGCGAUGGCGAUUCACCCUUACGGAAAAGGAAAGCCAUUAUUGCAGAAAAUGCAAGUAAACGUUCGCGUUCCAGGAGCUUUUCCAAAUCAGAGCUUAAAUCUCCAGCUCGGUUUUCAAAAGAGUCGCAUGUUCUAUCUACUCAUCCUCUGAGAACUCGAAACGUAUGA